UCAACAACCGAAAUUGCUCGAUUCCUGAAGCAUCCAUUUCCCCCAUUUUUCUUUGUAUAUAUUUUUAUUCGUAAUUUUACGCCGAGUAAUUCGGUGUUGGUCGCAUCACCGGUCCCUCCGCCUCGGUUUCCUCUCUCCUGCCUCCGCCGCCACGAAUCUCGAGCGCGUCCAUUAUUAGAUCGCCAUUGUUGGGGGUUUUUUUUCGUUCGAUUUUGUUUCGAUCCGAAGGGUUUUUCUCCUCUCCGAAUCGAAGUUUGCUUUUCUUUCCGCGACAUGAUAUGAGAUCCCAGGGUUUGCUGUAGUUCGAUUGUGGAGUAGAUGUAUUUAGGAGUUAAGAGUUUUUGUUUUAGUAGAUCUCUCUAAUUUGCACUGUGCUUGGUGAAUCAGUGCCCUGCGAGGUUGAGAAAUUCUAGGGUUCUUACAAUCUGAUCGUUUGAGAGUUAUUUUCUGUGACCUGGAUGCUGUUUAUGUUGAGAAUUCGGCCGUUUUAGGGUUUAGAAUGUGAGAUCUAUUUGACUUGAGCUCCUGGUCUUAAAUUGGAGUUUCCUAGCUACAUGUUUGGUGCAAAAUUAGUGUUUUAUAGCCACAGCUUUAUUUUGUUAAUAUCUAGAUUAUUUGAAUUAAAGUUCCUUUUUUGUUUUUAACCCUGGGGAUUAGAAAUUACAAGCAGCUUAGCACAGAACGAACUUCUGUUACAUAGGGCAUGAAAUCUCUGAAUUUUGACUUCUCUGUUUCGUCGAUUCAAUCCGACCUUUCAACUUGAGAGAUAUAUAUUUCGGUUCCUAUGGAGGCUAAAGUCGGUGGCAGCGUAGAACAUCAGCUUCAUUGUGCCAAAACAUCCAAUGGACUCAAAAAGAAGAAUUUUGAUUGGGAUUUGAAUGAUUGGAAAUGGGACGGCAGUCUCUUCACGGCUACGCCGCUGAAUUCUGCUCCAUCGGAUUGCCGUAACAAGCAAUUAUUCUGUGUGCAAGAAGCUGCCAUGCAAGCAAAUCGCUCAACUUUUGGUCCCAACGAGAUCGAUUUCGGUCUCACUCAGAAAGGUAAUGGAAAACUAGAAGGGAAGCGUAGGAGGAUUAUAGUGGUAGAAGAAGAGGAAGAAGAUGAUGAAUCUUAUGAUCAAUUUGGAUCUCCUUCCUUGAAGCUCGGGGAACAAUCUCAUCUGGUUUCUGAGGCUGGGCCUGCCCCCCUAGAAGAGAACAAUGAGAAGAGUGCCAAGUUGCAGGGCAGAAAUUCGAGUGGGCCCUCUUGCCAAGUGGCGGGUUGCGGGGGUGAUCUCACUGAAGCAAGGGAUUACCUGAGGAGGCACAAGGUUUGCGAAGUGCAUUACAAAGCCAAGAGUGCGCUUGUAGGGAAUGAUAUGAAGCGGUUUUGUCAGCAAUGUAGCAGGUUCCACCUUCUCCAAGAAUUUGAUGGAGACAAGAGAAGUUGCCGGCGGCGACUGGCUGGGCACAACGAAAGGAGAAGAAAAACUCCAGCCAAUCCCACUCCGAAUGGGACCUCUUUCGAUGGUGAUCAAAAUAGCAGCUAUAUAUUGCUCAGUUUGCUGAAAAUACUUUCCAACUUAGAGUCUGUUAACUCUGAGCAACCAAAUAAUCAGGAACUUCUGAUCCAUCUCCUGACAAACCUCGCUGGACUCGCGGGUUCAUCUGAUUCAAGAAACAUUGCUCGGCUCCUUCAGGCAUCUCAAGAAAAUCUGCACAAAUCUGGAAGUUCUGCUGGGCAGUCAUCAGAAGCUGCUAAUGCACUUCCAAACAGCUAUACUUUGCUUGAACCUAAUACUACUGUAGCUACUACUGCUGCAGCUUCAGCUAUGCCUUUGGAAAGAACUAAAGCAGGAGCUCCUGUAGUAGAGAAAGAGCCAGGAAUUCCUUCUCAAAGGACAGAAGAGGCGCCUUUGCAACUUAAUAGGUUAAAGAAUUUUGAUUUAAAUUGCACCUAUAAUGAUCAAGAGCAUUGCUUAGAACAGCACACAGCAACAACUGCCACUCAGCAAAAUGGUUCACUUGCUUAUGCUACUUGGAUGGUGAAGCAGUCCGGUCCGUCACAGAUGAAUGGUAAUUUAGAUUCUUCGUCUUGGCGAUCUCUAAACUCGAACAGAAAUGAUCAGAGUCGUACAGACAAAAUUGUCUUCAAGCUCUUUGGAAAAGAUCCAAAAGAUUUCCCUCUUGUUUUGCAUCCGCAGAUAUCCAACUGGUUGUUACAUUGUCCUACCGAGAUGGAAAGCUAUAUUAGGCCUGGUUGUAUCAUUCUAACACUUUAUCUUCGUCUGGCUGACUCUCUGUGGGAGGAGCUCUACCAUGAUCUUACUUCUUGGAUGGAGAGGCUACUCAAUAUCUCCAGUGACGACUUUUGGAGGACUGGAUGGGUAAUUGCUAGGGUACAACAUCAUAUGGCAUUUAUUUACAAUGGCAUGGUUUUACUAGAAGCUCCUUUACCAUCCGAAACACAUAAUUCUUGCAAAAUUUUGUCAGUCACGCCUAUUGCUGUUCCUUGUUCUUCUACGGUUAACUUCACAGUAAAGGGCUUGAGUCUGGCACAAUCCACCUCAAGGUUACUUUGUGCAUUUGAUGGGAAGUACUUGUUCGAAGAAACAACACAAGCUUUGUGUAAUGGUACUAAUGAAUUACCAGAGUGUCUGAGCUUCUCUUGCUCCAUCCCUGAUGCAACUGGGAGAGGAUUUAUUGAGGUUGAAGAUUAUGAUUAUAGCAGUAUCAUUUUUCCAUUUAUAGUUGCAGAAGACAACAUUUGCUCUGAGAUUCGCGCUCUAGAGAAUGAAAUCAAUGUUGCCUCAUACGAUAAACUCUUUGAAGAAGGAAUGGGAUCUAUAAAUACCCAACACGAGGCAGUAAAAUUUUUACAUGAAAUGGGUUGGCUACUUCGAAGGAGUCACAUGCAGUCUAAAUCUCAGCAAAUAGAGUUUCACACUGAGGUCUUUACUCCGACCCGGUUCAGGUGGCUUGUGUCCUUUGCCGUGAAUCGAGAAUGGUGUGCAGUUGUUAAGAAGCUUUUAGAUGUAAUGUUUCAUGGAAGCAUUGACUUAGAUGAUCAGACUCCAUCAGAGUUUGCUUUAGGAGAAGAUUUGCUUCAUACUGCUGUUAGGAAGAAGUCAAAGCCAUUGGUCGAACUUCUAUUGAGAUACAGAACAGAGGCUGCUUUAAAGGAGAAAACUCCUCCUGGCUUUUUGUUUAGACCUGAUAUGAUGGGCCCCUCAAAUAUAACACCUCUCCAUGUUGCAGCCACAAUUAGUGAGGCUGAGGGAGUAUUGGAUGCCUUGACCAAUGAUCCUCAGCAGUUGGGAGUCAAAGCAUGGAAGAACUGCCGAGACAUUACUGGUUUCACUCCUGAGGAUUAUGCUCGCAGUAGGGGCCACGAAUCCUACAUCCAGCUUGUUCAGAAGAAAAUUGACAUUCAAAUGGGAAAAAACCACAUAUUCCUCGGCAUCCCUAGCACUUUCGUGACUGAUGCCAGUUAUAGAAAAGCUGAUGGAUCCAACUAUAGCAAGCAAAGUGCUUUUCAAAUUGACAAGUUCAAAUUUCAACCAAUGCAGCAGCCUUAUUGCAAGCAAUGUGAGCAGCAGGUGUUCUACCGCCCUUAUGCAAGAAGGUCAUUAUUGUAUAGGCCGGUAGUGUUUGCAAUGACCGGCAUUGCGGCAGUGUGUGUUUGUGUUGCGCUGAUAAUGAAAGGCCCACCGGUGGUUAGGUUUAUCGAUGCUCCUUUCACAUGGGAAUCACUCGGUUCUGGUUAUAUGUGAGAAUUUAAUAACACAAGAAGCUUGUUACUAAUAAGUUAACACAGCUGAUAGUGCUUUCUGCUUUGAUGUAUACCUGCGACUUUCUGUUGAGUGUUUUUACCCAGCAAGUUUUUGUCCUUUUUUUUUUGUAAUUAUUUGUUCAGACUUGUAGCGGAACAUUGUGAUUGCAAUUAUUAUGGGAAACUCAACAGGGUUAAUCGAGAAAGUUAA